CUGAGAAAACCAAACUCGUCCGAAAAUCAGAAUCCCUCUUUUUUCUCUCUCCUCUCACCAUCAUCACCGGAGUUUCGACGUCCAUGGCGAUGCCAAGAAAUCGACGGACAACUUCCCUCCGUGACUCCGAUAGUCGACUCGGUGAGUCGGACAAGAUUGAUGGAGCCGGUAGUUGGGACGCUAUUGAGUGGACCAAGAUCGAUCAGCCUGUUUCAAGGCCUGUUCCUCAUGGAUUAUCUGAUUUUUUGUACGAAGCUGAGGAGGUUAUCGCUGAGGGGUAUGGCGUUCUUGUUAACACUGAUGAAGCCGGUACCUUGUUUGUGACCAAUUUUCGUCUUCUUUUUUUGAGUGAAGGGUCCAGGGAUAUUAUCGCACUAGGAACUAUACCAUUGGCAACUAUUGAAAAGUUUAGCAAGAUUGUUACAAAGCAACAAUCAGGUCCUAGGCAAUCUGACAAGAUUCCUUCACGAAGGCUUCUUCAAAUUGUUGGAAAAGACAUGAGGAUUAUUAUAUUUGCUUUUCGCCCUCGAACCAAACAGAGACGAGCUGUCUUUGAGGCAUUACUGAGGUGUGCAAGGCCUCCAAGGCUGUGGGAUCUUUACACUUUCUCUUCUGGUCCUUCAAGGUUCAGCAAUACAAGCCCUAGAGUGCGUCUAGUGAACGAAUACAUACGCCUCCUUGGAAUGGAAUCACAUACUCCAGUAACCUCCAUUGAAGAUGGUUCAUUCACCUUGUCUAAUGAUUGGUGGAGAAUCAGUGACAUCAAUGCAAACUAUGACAUGUGUCCAACUUACCCUUCUUCUUUACUAUUACCAAAAUCCAUCAGAGAUGAGGAUGUGCUGCAAGCUUGUAAAUUUCGUGCACGUUGUAGAUUGCCUACAAUAUCAUGGUGUGAUGCACGCACUGGAGCUGUUCUUGCAAGAUCAUCCCAACCACUAGUUGGGCUGAUGAUGAAUAUGAGAAGCAAUGCUGAUGAAAAUCUGGUUGGUGCUCUCUGUACUCAACUUUCUGGUGGAAAGACAGGGCGCAGGAAGUUAUAUAUAGCAGAUGCAAGACCUCGGAAAAAUGCAUUGGCAAAUGGGGCAAUGGGAGGUGGAUCGGAGUCGUCUUCCAAUUAUUUCCAGUCUGAGAUUGUGUUUUUUGGGAUAGAUAACAUCCAUGCUAUGAGGGAAAGCCUUGUUCGCCUCAGAGACUACCUGGAUACACAUGGAACCAAAUCUUCAGAUGGAAUGUCAUCAUUUUUGAGAAAUGGGGGAUGGACAUGGGGUGGAGGUAAUUUAAGCAGUAUGUCUGCUUCUGUAUCGACACUUGGCGACAGUGGUUGGUUAAUUCACAUCCAGAAUGUUCUGGCUGGAUCUGCUUGGAUUGCUGCUCGUGUGGCAAUAGAAUCUGCAUCUGUGCUUGUUCAUUGCAGUGAUGGAUGGGACAGAACAACACAGCUAGUUGCACUUGCAAGUUUGUUGCUUGAUCCGUAUUAUCGCACCAUAAAGGGAUUUCAGGCACUUGUGGAAAAAGAUUGGCUUGCAUUUGGGCAUCCAUUUUCAGAUAGGGCAGGAAUGGGAAGCUUAUCUGGGAGUGGUUCAGAAUUACCCAGACAGUCUUCAAGUACAAAUUUCCCAUCAUCACCCAUGCGUCAAACAACUGGUUCAUUCUCAUCACAAUCCCCAGCCUCUACACAAACACAAACACAAACUUCAAACAAUUAUUCUCCAAUAUUUCUUCAGUGGGUUGAUUGUGUCUCCCAGUUAUUACGAGUGUACCCUUUUGCAUUUGAAUUCUCAUCGGUUUUUUUGGUUGAUUUCCUAGAUUGUAUGCUUUCAUGUCGUUUUGGGAACUUCCUGUGCAAUAAUGAGAAGGAAAGGGAACAGUUUGGUGUUUCUGAGGCGUGUGGGUGCAUGUGGAUGUAUUUAGAUGAUUUACGUGCUUCAGGGGGGAACUCUCACGUGCACUACAACCUCUUCUAUGAUCCGUCAAAACACAAUGGUCCUUUACUGCCGCCAGCUGCCGCCUUGGCCCCGACCUUGUGGCCCCAAUUCCAUCUCAGGUGGGCAUGUCCUUCAGAAGCUCAAGCUGGGGAGGUCGAAGCUCAGUGUAGGAAUAUGGUAGAAAAGAUCUCUGAACUUCAAAAGGCAAAGGACGUGGCUGAGAGGAAAGCAAGAGAAGCGAUUGCAUCAAUGGAGGCAGUAAAAGCAGAGAUACGAAACGAAAAACAAGUGAGCAGUUCAGCCAUGAAUCUGGCAAGAAAAGCAAACAGAGAAAACGAUAUGAUAAAGAGAGCCAUACAAUCACUCGGGUGUAGGAUUCAUGUUUCUGGGAAUGAUGACUGUACAAUCGACAUUGAAACCAAUGUAGCCGACAUACCACAAAGAAUAACAUCAUCUUCAAUGAGAGAGACAGGAGGUAGUGAGGAAAAGACGGAUAUGCCCAUCUCGGUUACCAUAACUGCUGAUAACAAUGAUGUGUCUGAAAACCCAAUUCUUAGGGUUUGCGAGUCUCUUUGUCCACAAAGGACACGAGAGGGAGGGUGUAAGUGGCCUGAUGCUGGUUGUGCUCAACUUGAGAGCCAAUUUGUAGGUUUGAGAGCUAACUAUGAUGCUUUUGACCGCUUGUCAAUCUACGAUAGCUACUUUCAGCCAAAAUGACAAAUCACAAAUUUACCCUCCUAAGCCAUAGGAAGAGAAUAGGUGACAUUCGGCAUAUUGUACAGUCUAGUCUGAGGGAGAAAGAAGAACAAACAAACCACUGGAUAAAGAAAAUUAUCUACUCAACUGAAAAAAAAAAAAAAAAAAGCCCUAGUUUGAAAGGGAAAAACUUGCUAAAUUAUAUUCUUGGAUGAUGUUUGGUUUUAGGAAUGAAUUAAUUGUACAGGUGAAGUGUAAAGGAGGUGGCGUUUCUCAUGGUUAUGUUUUUGAGGUGGUGGCCGGUGGCUGGUUGUGUACACUGUACAGAUUGUUGUUGGUAGUUAGGUAACUAGUUAGUGUAGGUGUAUUAAUUACUUCUGAAACUAGAGAUGUAAAAGUAGUUCAUCAACAUUUUUGUUGGUUAAAACUUCAAAACUUAAAACAAGCAACUCAUACUAGAUACUAA